GGCUGCAGCCCCGGCUCCGCUCCGCUCCCCUCCCCGCCGAACCGGCUCCCGGCUGGCAGCGGCCCAGCAUGAGCCGCGGCAUCUCGCAGCCCCCCGGCCGCCCCCGCCCCGCCCCUUCCCGGCCGGCGGAGCAGUAGAGCCCCGCGGAGGGGGCGCGGAGCCCCGCGGAGGGGGCGCGGAGCAGGGCGCGGCACGGGUGGGGCAAGGGGCGAAGGGCGGGGGGUGCGCUCGCAGCCGGGGUUGAUGUUUAACUUGGAGCGCCCGUUCACGGAGAGGGGCCACUUCUUCUCCUCCAUGGAGUACCAGCGGCAGCUGGAGGAGGAGGAGGGCUUCCCCCCUCCCGGCACCAACGGGACCUUCAACGACAGCGGGGCCGGGCCGGGCUGGGGCAUGCCGUACCCGCUGCACACCACCGUCACCCUCAUCAGCCUCGUGGGCUUGCUCAUGCUCUUCACUGUCUUCGGCAACGUCCUGGUCAUUAUCGCCGUCUUCACCAGCAGGGCGCUUAAGGCUCCCCAGAACCUCUUCCUGGUCUCAUUAGCCUCGGCCGACAUCCUGGUGGCCACGCUGGUCAUCCCCUUCUCCCUUGCAAAUGAAGUGAUGGGGUACUGGUACUUCGGCAAAGUCUGGUGCGAGAUCUACCUGGCCUUGGAUGUGCUGUUCUGUACCUCCUCCAUCGUGCACUUGUGUGCCAUCAGCCUGGACCGUUACUGGUCCAUCACGCAAGCCAUUGAGUACAACCUGAAGCGUACCCCGCGCCGCAUCAAGUGCAUCAUCUUCAUCGUCUGGGUCAUCUCAGCUGUCAUCUCCUUCCCACCUCUCAUCUCCAUCGAGAAGAAGAGUGGGCAGCAGGCUGACCAGGGUGUGGCAGGGUGCAAGAUCAACGAUGAGAAGUGGUACAUCAUCUCUUCUAGCAUCGGCUCCUUCUUUGCCCCCUGCCUCAUCAUGAUCCUGGUCUACGUGCGCAUCUACCAGAUAGCCAAGAGGCGAACCAGGGUGCCACCGAACAAGCGGGCAGAGCGCCCUGAGAAGAAGCAGAAUGGCUUGACUGACAAGGAGGACCUGCCGGCCACAGCCCAGCUCAAUGGGGAGAAGGCGGGAGGAGGUGGCGGUGAGCAGGAGGGAGAGGUCAACGGCAUAGACAUGGAAGAGACCUCUUCUUCUGAGCACCAGGAGAACAACCAGUGUAAGAAGUCAGAGAGACCAUCAAGGGGAAAGACCAAGACUAAGCUGAGCCAAAUUAAGCCUGGGGACAGUUUGCCCAGGAAGGUGGAGGAGGAGAGGAACACCAAAGGGUCCCGGUGGAAGGGCAGGCAGAACCGGGAGAAGCGUUUCACCUUUGUGCUGGCAGUGGUGAUCGGGGUCUUUGUCAUUUGCUGGUUCCCCUUCUUCUUCACCUAUACACUGAUGGCCGUCUGCAAAAGCUGCUCUGUGCCUGACACCCUCUUCAAGUUCUUCUUCUGGUUCGGUUACUGCAAUAGCUCCUUGAACCCCGUUAUCUAUACCAUUUUCAACCACGACUUCAGACGGGCCUUCAAAAGGAUCCUCUGCAGAAUAGAGAGGAAAAGGAUUGUUUGAAGGACCCUUUGCUAUGGGCAGGACUAACUCAAGACUUUGUGAGCAAGUAAGGCAUAGCUCACUUGGGCUGUACUUGCAUAGGAUGGUUUUCUUCAGCUCCUGAGCAGGAAGCUUUUAAAGUCCAAGGUGAGCCUGUGGAAACGCCGGGCAGCAGCAGGAAGGAGCAGCAGGCAAGUGGAAGUCUGAGCCCCGUGGCAUUUGGCUUUCCAGGGGAGGAUGGCCUUUGACUUGCUUGGUUUGUUUUGCUAGUUGGUGGUUGGUUUGUUUGGGUUUUUUUUUCUCUUGCCGGAAUCUCUCGGUGGAUAUUUUCAUGACUGCUCGGUUUGACUCUUUAAAAGACAAGCAGCAUGCAGUCCCGUGAGAUGAACAACAAAACGAGGGAGUGUGCCACCCCAGAGGUGCUGGCUUUUUUCUCUUCUUGCAUCUUUUUUCCCCUCCUGUGGUAUAUGUAAUUAAUUUUAUCCCCCUUGUAAAAUACAGUAUUGUAUCCUUGAAUUUGAAUGUCUUAAUUUUUGUAAGGCAAGCAGCUUUGAAACUGUGAAUGCUUUAAUUAUAUUUGACACCUUAAAAAGUCCCUCUCUUCCCACUCCCUGAGAACCCCCUCACCCAAACCCACCAAACAACCAGAGCCGUUCUCCCUACUUGACAGUUUUGAUAACGUUACCAAAAUUUGCCAUGUCUUGGCAUUUCCUUUUUAUGGCCAUGAAGCUUAAGAUCACAGACCUCACCAGACUGGCUGUUUCAGUCAUUAUUUGGUUUACGUUGUACCUGAUUCUGUUUAAUUUCUGUGUUGCCUGUGGUGUAAUACAGCUGAGACAGUGUCUGCCCUCUCGUUACUCACUGGAGCAGAGGCUGGCAGAGCGGUGGCUUCUCUGUGCAGGUGGGGACAUCCCGGGCAAUGGAGGGAUGGGCUGUUUCCUGUGCAACGUGAGGCUUGGGACCCAGCCAGGCUCCCCACCAGCUCAUCUCAGUUGGUAUUAUACCACACUGCAGCACCGAAAUGUGUUUUGAUGCUGACUUGCGUCUUCCCCCACCUCCAAUGGCAAACGGAUAACAUUUCACAGCAAACAGCAGAGCUACAUGUAUCACGUUAUUCCGUUUGGAUUGAUUUGUGAUGGUUUAACUCCUGCAGGAUUUCCUGCAGGGGAGAAGGGGGCUUGUGUGCAGCGGCUGUUCCAUCUUUCUGAAUUAAGGGAGAAGAGUUCAGUUUUUAAUCUGCCAGUCUCAUCUUUCCUAGGAAAUACAAAAGCAUCCCUCUUUCAGUCUUAUACAGGGCAAAACUCUGAAAUAAGAAACUUAACUGACAGUUUCUCCAGUAUUUUAUAGUGUAAUUAAGCUUUUCUUUUUCUAAAGAAAUAUGUAAAUAUUGUGAGAUUGGAGCAGGAGAGCAAGUUCAUACUUUUACACUCCUUUCUUGAAAUGUCUUUUAGCUCUUUCUGCUAAAAAAAAAAAACAUGCACAGAACAAACCUGACAUCCUUGUGCCAUGAAGAAAUUUCUAGAGAACAUUAAAAGGGAAAAAACUUUUGAUUCAUCACAGUAAAUGCAUCUGCAAGCCUUUUAAUGUUAUGAAAACAGCUUUAUCAAAUACUGACAAGUCAUAGAAAUCGUUUGGAGAAAGCAAAGCUUGUAUGUCUGGUGUAUAAGAUGCACUUGCCUUCUCUGGAGUCACACAGUGCACAGGAAGAGCCUUUUAAAAGAAAAUACCUUUAUACUUUGGGGAAGUGUUUUGUUGGUUUUGCUCUCUCUUUUGACUUUGUAAUUAACUCCAAGGGUCCCCGGAUGCAGAUCCUGGGAUCUGGAGAGCAAUGUUUACAUUCACUUGCGUUUUCAGAAUUGAAUCCUCAAGAGGUGAGGAAAGCAAAUAAACUGUGCUUUAAUGUAAAAAGACACAAAACAAAACCACAAGCAGAAGUUGCUAUAAUGGAUGAUUAUUUUUAAUAAAUAAA